AUGGCAGAUGUGCCCGACGUAGGGGUAGCAAGUAGCAGGGCUGCUCCGCACGAAGACAUCAAGCGGCCUAAUCUCUCGGUCGGGGAAGUGGGAGCAGCAGUAGGGGGAGUGGAGAACUCGAGCAGCGACGAUGUCACGGUGGGCAAGCAAGAAAGAGUACGAGGGUGGAGAGGGGUGCUGAGUUUUCUGGAAAAGAAAGGAGAUGUUGAGCUACGAGGAUGUACGCCUGUGCCGUAUGAGCAACGUCUAGAGACGCAGUAUUCAAAGAUCUUCACGCUUUGGUUUUGCAUGAGUUGCAACCCCCUGCCUGUGACUUUCGGCAUGGUGGGCACCAUGUCCUUUGCAUUGAGUCUGCGGGACGCGGCACUGGUUAUCCUUUUCUUCACGCUUGCGAGCACUGUGCCGGUGGCAUACAUGUGUACGUGGGGACCGAAGACGGGUAUGCGACAGCUUGUCCAGGCGAGGUUUUCCUUUGGCAAGUACUUUGUUUCUCUCCUGAUAUUGCUCAAUCUUGCUACUCUGACGGGAUUCUGCGUCGUCGAUAGUGUCAUUGGUGGUAUGGCAUUGUCGGCAGUACAAGAUGGAGCAACCAUCAACGCAACCGUUGGUAUUGUCAUCAUCGUCGUGUUGUCGCUGGUCAUAUCCUUCUGCGGUUUCGGAGUACUGCAUCACUACGAACGGUGGGCGUGGAUCCCAGCAUUGGCGGCACUCAUCAUUGCUGCAGGAUGUGGGGGUAAGAAUCUCAGCCACCAGGUUCCAGCACCUGCUGCUACAGCAUCGCAAGUUCUCUCAUUCGGUGGUCUAGUGGCAAGCUUCAUGCUGCCAUGGGCUGCACUGGCGAGUGACUUCUCGACGUACAUGCAUCCCAAGGCUCCUCCGCUGCGGAUCGCACUCUACACCUACACGGGCCUCGCUCUCCCAACAAUCCUCUUGAUGACAUUGGGUGCAGCCAUGGGCGGCGCUACACCAAACAUGGCGUCAUGGCAGGCUGGGUACGAUGUCAACGCAGCGAGUGGUGUCCUGGCAGCCAUGCUUCACCCUGCAGGCGGCUUUGGUCGCUUCGUCACGGUUGUGCUGGCAUUCAGCAUGUUGGGCAACCUGUCCGCAACAAUGUACAGUGUAACACUAAACCUGCAGAUGCUGCUUCCCUGGCUGUUCCGCAUCCCGCGCAUCUUCUUCAGCAUCGUCAUCACUGGAAUCGUGAUUGGCGUGGCUGUCGAGGCAUCGAAGAGCUUUUUCCUCAACCUCGAGAACUUUAUCGGAGUCAUCGGGUACUGGAGUGCUGCCUUUAUUGGUGUCGCUUUGACUGAACACGUGCUGUUCCGAGGGAGCAGCCUCGUGGCUUACACCGAGGAUGAAGAGGCGUGGGACGAGCCGAGCAAGCUCCCGCCUGGGGUCGCGGCAAUGGGCGCGUUCCUUGUAUCCUUUGCUCUCAUCAUCCCGUGUAUGGGACAGAUCUGGUGGACGGGGCCCAUUGCGGAGACUACGGGCGACAUCGGGCUGGAGGAAAAGGCGCAAGAGAAGCUCAUCGAGUCGACUUCGUCGGUGCCCCAGAGCACGGCGGCACAGCAGAGUGACAAUGUCGCGCAUGCGCUGGCGGGCGCUGGAGGAGGACUGCUGUCCAUGGCCUUGACCUACCCGCUCAUCACCCUCUCUACCCGCGCCCAGGUCGAAUCGAAGCGCGCCCAGUCGUCGACGCUCAAUGCCGCGCGCCGCAUCAUCAAGCGCGAGGGCGUCGCAGGCCUCUACGCCGGCCUCGACUCGGCCCUCUUCGGCAUCAGCGUCACAAACUUUGUCUACUACUACUGGUACGAAUGGACCCGCUCCUUCUUCGAAAAGGCCGCGCUCAAAGCCGGUCGCGCUUCCUCCAAGCUCACAACCGUCGAGUCCAUGAUGGCGGGCGCCCUCGCUGGUAGCGCCACCGUCCUCAUGACCAACCCCAUUUGGGUGGUAAACACGCGCAUGACGACGCGCAAGUCCGAGGCCUCGGACGAGUCGCUCCCAGGCGCUCCUGCAACCCCGCAGAAGGCCCCGUCGACGCUCGGCACCCUCUUCGCCCUUGUGCGCGAAGAGGGCUUUGCGCGCUUGUUCGCCGGCGUCAUGCCUGCCCUGGUCUUGGUCAUCAACCCCAUCCUCCAAUAUACCGUCUUCGAGCAGCUCAAGCAGAUGCUCGAGAAGAGGAGGCGCGUCACACCAAAGGACGCCUUCUACCUGGGUGCCCUGGGCAAGUUGUUGGCCACGAGCAUUACCUACCCGUACAUCACUGUCAAGAGUCGCAUGCACGUUGCCGGCAGAGAUGGGCCCAGGGAGGAUAUGUUGACCACCUUCAGGCGCAUCAUCAGGGAGGAGGGCUACACUGGCUUGUAUGGAGGCAUCGGACCCAAGGUCACCCAGAGUGUUAUUACUGCCGCCUUCCUCUUCGCUUUCAAGGAUGCGCUGUACGCCUACACUGUCCAGGCGCGCAAGAAGCUUGCCAUGCGCCGUGCCUAG